ACUUUGUUGCAGAACAGAAUACUUGCUGCAGUUUCCGGAGAAGAAACCCAUUGUUCCAGUUUUGAAUUUCUUCCUUUCCAGCCAUGGCUUCUUCUUCUUCUUCUUUCGAUGAUUCUCAAAUCAAACACGAUGUGUUCAUCAGCUUCAGUGGCAAGGACACUAGACGCGGUUUUCUGAGUCAUCUAAUAAAGGAACUACGUCGGGAGAACAUCAUAGUCUAUGUAGAUGAGAAACUGAACAGAGGAGAAGAAAUAUCAUCCUCGCUUCGAACAGCAAUUAAAGAAUCGCAAAUUUCAAUCGUCAUUUUCUCAGAAAACUACGCCUCUUCGAGGUGGUGCUUGGAUGAACUUGAAGAAAUAAUGGAGUGCAUGAAAGUAAACAAACAAAUUGUUCUACCCGUUUUCUACAACAUAGAUCCCUCACAUGUACGGCAUCAAAGAGGCGCUUAUGAAAAUGCAUUUACUGAACAUGAAUUGAGGUUUCAAGGAAACGGCUUGAAGGUACAGAAUUGGAGAUCAGCCUUGAAGAAUGCUGCUGAACUAUCUGGCUAUGAUUCGUCCCGUUAUGGUACUGACUCUGAGCUCAUAGAUGAAAUCGUCAAAGAUGUUUUGUUAAGAGUGAAUGAUAUCUAUCCUAGUGAGUCAAAUCGUCUUGUUGGAAUUGAUCAACAUGUUGAUCGUAUUAGAUCAUUUUUGGAAAUGGAGUCAAAAGGAGUUCAAAUCCUCGGAAUUUGGGGCAUGAGUGGUAUUGGUAAAACAGCCAUUGCACGAGUUGCAUUUGAGAAAUUCUCUUCCCGCUAUGAAGGCUCUUACUUUUUAGACAAUGUGAGAGAAGAAUCACAAAAGCAUGGGCUGAAAUCUUUAAGAGAGAAACUUAUUUCUGAGCUGCAAGAGGAAAAAUCUACUUUCAUCCGUAGAAAGCUUAUUAGACGAAAAAAAGUUUUAGUUGUGCUUGAUGAUGUGGGUGCUCCAGAACAACUACGGCAUCUAGUUACAGAAGGAUUUCACUGGGGACCUGGUAGUAGAGUUAUUGCAACAAGCCAAAACAAGCAAGCACUAAUUGCUGGAGGAGUUCAAGCCAAUGACAUACUUGAGGUCAAGAAAUUGGACUUUGAAGAAUCCCUUAAUCUUUUCAGCUUAAAUGCCUUCAACAAUAGCCAUCCCGAAAGGGGAUAUGAAGAACUUUCAAAACAGGCAACUGCUUAUGCCGAUGGCCUUCCUCUAGCUCUGAAAGUUUUGGGUUUACAUCUUUGUUCUUGUGAUAGAGAAACAUGGAAAAGUACAUUGGGAAAACUUGAGAUGUAUCCCCAUCCUCAAAUUCAAGAUGUGCUGAAAAUGAGUUUUGAGGGAUUAGAUGAUGUAGAAAGGGACAUAUUUCUUGAUAUCGCUUUCUUUUACAAAGGAGAAGAUAAAGAUCAUGUCAAGAGGCAACUUGAUGCCAAUAACCUUUUUGCUGCUUAUGGAAUAAAAGGACUUCUGGAUAAAGCUCUUAUAUCCAUUUCAAACGACAAUGUAAUAAAAAUGCAUGACUUGAUUCAAGAAAUGGGUUGGGAAAUAGUUCGGCAAGAAUGCAAGGACAAUCCUGGAGGACGUAGUCGGUUGAAGGACUUUGAGGAAGUGUAUGAUGUGUUAAAAAAUAAUAGGGGAACUGAUGCCAUUAAAGGCAUAGUGUUAUAUGCUUCUCUCUUUAAAGAUGUACGGUUGAAUGUUGACACCUUCAAAAAUAUGACUAAUCUCAGAAUCGUCAAGUUUUACUCUUCCUGGCAUGUGAGAUGCUGUAAUGUGCACCCUCCAACAAGUUUUUUGUCGUUCUCUGAUGAGCUAAGGCGCCUACAGUGGGAUGGAUACCCACACCCAUAUCCUGAGAAACUUGUUGGGCAUUCUAUGCCCAACAACCAUGUUGGGAAACUUUGGAAACUAGUGCAGGAUUAUGCGAAUUCUAAGAGAAUGAGCCUUGACAGCUCAAAACAAUCAAUGGAGUUGCUUGAUUUCACAAAGGCACAGAAAACUGAAUGGGAGGAUAUGUGUUCUUGUCAAGGUUUUUGUAACGUCAAUUCACAUAUCUUGUCUCUUUCUAUGAUUGCUGCUGUGAAUUUAGUUCGCUCCAUAGAUUCAAAGAAACAUCACAGUGAGAGUAAUUUCAGAUCUCCUAUAAACUUUGAUGUCGGUUUAUGCGUUAGUGUCAGGGUAUUUUCGUCGUCAUCAAAGGAAAUAUCAGAGCUGGAUUUUGUAACUUCAAAAUUCGAAAUACUCUGCUCGUCAUCAGUUGGGGGUCUCAAUAAGCUAAGAAGGAUCACACAUGGUGAUUCAAGACUAGAGAUUGUUCCCCUAAAUGAGUUAUGUUGCCUGAGAUUUUUUGAAGAGCUUAAUCUCUCUGAUUGCAGACGAAUGAAUCAAAGCCCAGAGCUGCGCAUGCUAUUUGACGCCUUACUUUAUUUACGAGAGCUGUUUAUGACUGGAUGCAGUGUCUUCUUUAAAUCCCCUCAUACUAUUUGCACCUCUUCAUCAUUUAAUUAUUUGACGGAUCUACGUAUACAACAAAGUCAGGCACCCGCGUGGCAUUUUGCCGCAUUUCCCCUCAAGUCAGGGGAGCUUGUGCUCGUCACGGUAGCAUAUAAACGGGCGGUGGAUCUUUUGGCUUUGUCUGCGCAUUUCCUUUACGAUCAUGAUUCCUCUUGUGCGAUAGGGAAGGUGAACGGAAACCAAUUCUUUAUUAGAGGACCACAUAUGUCAAGGAGCCUGAUUCGGUGUCCAUCAGUAUCAUCAUGGUUGAGGUAA